AUGAGUUUUUUUCUCAUUCAUACGUUGUUUAAAUAUCGUUUUUUAAGUGAGCUUGUUCAAUAUAGACAUUAGUUAUACAUAAAAUAUUUUUUUAGCGUUUUAAUAGACGGGAACGAUUUAACGAAUAUAAUAAAUUAUGUACUUACAAUACCUCUAUUACACGUACCAUUGCAACUGGUAACUACCAACAGCAUAAUUAUAAAUUUUUGUAUAUAAGCCAUAGGGACGCGAAAAUACUAAAUCGUUAACCACUUCAUCAUCGCGAGUCAAAUAAAUGAUAUUUAGUUUUUAAUUUAUGUUUUAGUUUAAAGUGUACAGUAAUAAUAUUAUUAAAGUGUGUAUUAUAAUAAGAGACACGCCCGACCUACCUGCAAUAACUGCGAGUUGAAUAAACCGUUUGAUGUCAGGAUAAUUGGUCAUUCUGAAACACUUUAAAACAGGAUAGCAGGACGUUAUAUACAGAACUGGUACAGUCUUGACUAAUCCUGCAUAUUUUAAAUAGCUCGUAAGUCGUAUUACAUAUUUUAUAUUAUAAUUUAUAGUCUUACUACAACUCGAUUAAGUUUUUAUAUUUCAGCCAUUUCAGGACAGCUGAUCACGUAAUCAAAACGUCUCUUAGUCAGCAAUGCAUUUGCUAUAAAUUAUAAUCCUCCUAAUCUACUGUACAACAAUAAGUCAAUAGUUGUUUAUUUUGUGUCUACUAUCUACACGAAGUUGAUGAAAAUACGUAUUUAAAACAUAAACGAAUGAAAGUGUACAGCUUGGAAACUAAUUCUAUCGUUGAGAGAAAAUGGUUUCUGGACUUUUUGACGUGCAUGUUUGGCGUGGGUGCUUGGAUACUGGUCAACAGCCUAUACACGCAGCUUCCGUUGCUCGUGCAGAGUGCGCCCGAAGGGUGGAACUUGCCGUCGUACUUGUCAAUCGCCAUACAAACCGGAAAUGUGGGCCCGCUGCUAUACAGUGCCUGGCGCCGGAAAUACGGAAACCGUUACGAUAGGCCGCUGACGAUCGCCGUGCUUAUUUUCGGCGUGACGUCCGUGCUCCUGAUGGCCGGAUUUUACGACGUAACGGGCAUCGUGUUCGGCCAACCACACAGUGUGGUACUCUGUGUGCUCACGUUCACCAUGGCGUUAGUGGGGUGCACUAGUUCCGUUUUAUUCAUACCGUCGCUGGCUCGGUAUCCGGACAUAUACUUGGUAACGUACAUGGUGGGUGAGGGCAUCAGUGGUUUCGUACCGAGCUUGGUCGCCAUCGUCCAGGGCGUGGGUACCACCACUUGUCGGACGGUUGAGCUUCCGGAUGGGCGGAUGUCCGAGGUAAAGUCGACGACCGAUGCGCUCUUCUCGAGUGGUCCAUUUUUCGUCGGCAUUGGCGUGAUAAUGUUCGCGAGUACAGUGUCUUAUCUGUGUCUGGAAUACUUGCCGACCUGCAAGAAAGAAAAAAUUCGGACACCAUCGGAUGACCAACUGCACCAGAACAUCGGUAGCAGCACCGAUAAUCGCAGCCGCAGUCUGAACGUGUCGUUAUUGGCUGUGCAAGGCGCGAUCGUGUUCUUUGCCAACGGACUGUUGCCCAGCAUUCAAUCGUUCUCGUGUCUGCCAUACGGCUACAUGGCGUAUCAUUUUGCGACUAACCUGUCGAAUAUCGCAAAUCCUGUGGCUUGUUUCAUCGCCUAUUACACGAAUCGGACGUCCAAAACCGUAAUAUACAUGUUGUGCAGCAUUUGUGUUGUGUCCACAAUGUACAUGUUGAUGACCGCCUUUACAAGUCCGUCGCCUCCAUUGAGUAAUUCGACCACUGGAACAGUCUUGAUCGUUUUUAUGUGGGCUUUAUUCUUUGGAUGUGCCUCUUAUGUCAAAUUAUCAAUAGCUGCAGUAUUAAGAAACGAAGGUAACAGAGGACUAUAUCUUUACGGCUGCAUCACUCAAAUUGGAUCUACAGCAGGAGCAUUGAUUGGAUUUUACUUAAUCAACGUUGUACAAUUAUUGAAAUCAUAUGAACCUUGUUGAGGGUUUAAUUAAAUAAUAUAAUUAUAAAUGUUCCUUUAAACAAUUAAUAAUUGUAUUGAACUAAAGUAUAUUUUUUAUGAAGUGUAGAAUAAACUUAAUAAAUUAAACAAUGUUAUAGUAUACAUAUGUAAAAGACUAAUUAAUCAUGAGAUGCCGAUGUUAGAUUAUACAAAUUAUUUGAUAUUCUUGA